CGCUUCUACGAGGAAUACUCGGCGAAGACAUCGCAGCGCCUGAAGCUAAUCGACGCCUACCUGUUGUACAUCCUGUUGACGGGAGUGAUCCAGUUCUUGUACUGCUGUCUUGUGGGCACAUUUCCCUUCAACGCAUUCCUCUCGGGCUUCAUAUCGACGGUGGCGUCGUUCGUGUUGGGCGUCUGUCUUCGGCUGCAAAUCAAUCCGCAAAACAAAUACGAGUUCCGAGAACUGAGUCAAGAGAGGGCUUUCGCCGACUUUAUCUUCGCUCACAUUGUCCUCCAUUUGGUGGUCAUUAACUUCAUUGGCGAGACUCACCUCAAGAGCAUUCAGUCGCUGAUACCGACCAUCCAUUUGAUGAAUCUGAUCGGCUAUGCGAUGUUACUUACGAAUCCCGGAUCAGUUGGACUCUCCUUAAACUCGUUAAACUAUUAG